GCUUUGCUCUUCAAGACUGUCCAGUCAUUGUGCGUUAGCUUUAGCGUUAGCAUUAGCAGCUCCGCGGCGUUCCGCUCUUUCUGUCCCGCUGCUGUUUCACUCCGCGGGGCGAAUCAGGCUUCAGCUUUCCUUUCGCGAUGAAGGAGUUGACCGCAAAGAAGCGCGACCGGACUCGGGGGGAGAAGCCGAAGGAGCCGGGGCCCGAGCCCGCGGCGGCGGCGGCGGCGGCGGCGGAGCCCGAGCCCGGGCAGCCGGAGGAGGACAGCGGGAGGCAGGACCUGAACACACUGGAGGAUAUCCGCGAGCAUGUGAAGCAGAUCGAGAAGGCCGUGUCCGGGAAGGAGCCGCGGUUCGUCCUGCGUGCGCUGCGAGCUCUGCCCUCCACCAGCCGCCGCCUCAACCCCAACGUGCUGCACAAAGCCGUCUCGGGCUUCUACACCUCCAACGCCGCCAGCAAGGAGUUCCUGCUCAGCUUCCUGGAGGAGCCCAUGGACACUGAGGGAGACGUGCAGUUCAGGCCUCGUACCGGUAAAGCGGCAGCCACCCCUCUGAUCCCUGAAGUGGAGGCUUAUCUUCAGCUCCUGCUGGUGGUCUAUCUCACCAACAACAAGCGCUACACUGAGGCUCAGAAGGUGUCGGACGACCUCCUGCAGAAGAUCGGCUCUCAGAACCGCAGAGCUCUGGAUCUGGUGGCGGCAAAGUGCUACUACUACCACUGCCGCGUCUACGAGUUCCUCAACCAGCUGGACACCGUGCGCAGUUUCCUGCACACGCGCCUGAGGACGGCCACGUUACGACACGAUUCGGAUGGUCAGGCUACACUCCUGAACCUGCUGCUGCGCAACUACCUGCAGUACAACCUGUACGACCAGGCUGAGAAACUGGUGUCCAAAUCAGUCUUCCCAGAGCUGGCCAACAACAACGAGUGGGCUCGCCACCUCUACUAUACAGGACGUAUUAAGGCAAUCCAGCUGGAGUAUUCUGAAGCCCGGAGGACUCUGACCAAUGCGCUACGCAAAGCCCCCCAGCACACCGCCGUGGGCUUCAAACAAACUGUGCAUAAGCUGCUGAUAGUAGUGGAGCUGUUACUGGGGGAGAUUCCGGACCGGCUCCAGUUCCGCCAGCCGUCUCUGAAGAGAUCCCUCAUGCCCUACUUCCUCCUCACUCAGGCGGUGAGGACUGGGAAUCUGGCCAAGUUUAACCAGGUUCUGGAUCAGUUUGGAGAGAAGUUUCAGACCGACGGCACCUACACACUCAUCAUCCGCCUGCGGCACAAUGUCAUCAAAACAGGUGUGAGAAUGAUCAGCUUAUCAUAUUCCCGCAUUUCACUGGCCGACAUCGCUCAGAAACUGCAGCUGGACAGCCCUGAGGACGCAGAGUUCAUUGUGGCCAAGGCCAUCCGUGACGGAGUGAUUGAAGCCAGUAUAAACCAUGAGAAAGGGUACGUUCAAUCGAAGGAGACCAUGGACAUAUACGGCACACGCGAGCCUCAGCUGGCCUUCCAUCAGCGCAUCUCCUUCUGUCUGGACAUCCACAACAUGUCCGUCAAGGCCAUGAGGUUUCCGCCCAAGGCUUACAAUAAGGACCUGGAGUCUGCAGAGGAGCGAAGGGAGAGGGAGCAGCAGGACCUGGAGUUCGCUAAAGAGAUGGCAGAAGACGAUGACGACAGUUUCCCAUGAUUCUUCUGCGCAGAAGAAGCCCGACCCUUGUUUUUCCUCUUGUUUCUUUAUCUAGCCUUUUGUUUUGCAGUCCUCUCUUAAGAAAUAGCCGACGCCAGCCCAUUCAGUACAUCUCCAUCUGCCCACAGCCUGGACCUAAACCAGCCUGAAUCUGUCCUGCUUUUGUAGAUGAGUAACUUUCAGCACAGUGUGUUGGGGCAGUUAAGGACCCCUUGAUGUUUUUAUGGGGCCCCUUAUAUCACUUACCAUUGACAAUUGCCCUGCAUUACAUCACCAGCUCGGUUGUGACACAGCGGUAGCAACCAUCAAGCAAAUUGCAAGGUCAUUUUUUUAAAACCUGAGGCCCCUGAAGUCCUAGUUACGCUGCUGCUUCACCUGUUCAGGUGGAAGAUGCUUCUUUAGCUGUUUAUAAGCCCAGCAUGUCUACUAAAUUGGAGAACACAGGGCAUGGAAAUCAAAGCGAAAACUAGUUUGAAUCCCAGAUUCAGGAUGGUGUGUGCCAGGCUGUGGUUGCCGAUGUAAAAUCCAAGUGAGAUCCAUCUGUUUUUUUUAGGAAUCUCUUACUGCGUUAAAGAUGGUCUCUGUGGUUGAAGUGAUGACAGAACAUGAAACUAAUAAAUGAGUUAAUGGACCUGCUCUGCUUUCGCCAACCCCUUUUUCCAAGGAAAAAUGGUUACAGCCUGGUUACGUGUCACUCAGACCGUUUAACAUUUCCCAACGUGAAAUUGUGUGAGCUGAUGUAAGCUGACCGACAGCCAAGUCACUGUACAGUGAGGGGGGAUCUUCCUGUUCUUCCCGAAGGCAAAGUGUGGGGUUUGUUUCGCAAGAGGUAAUUGAGUGUACAAUUAAAGUUUCUUUUCUAUGAAUAA